ACAUGGCGACGUUCACGUCCGUGUACCACAGUGGAGUGCGAGAAGAUCAGUAUCUUGGUACAUGGAAGAUUGUGGAAUGCGUGUCUUUAGCGGGUACAGUGGACACGACCGGCAUCGAAGGGUCCGAGUUCCACCUGGAUGACAGCGGGGAUGUAUCUUGGAAAGUGGCAGAUGAUGUUGAUGCCAUGCCAUUCUUUAACUCUGACACUUACGAGAUACUGUUCCCACCUGGGAAGAUGAACUCUGUUCAGUUGAAAUUUUUUGGAACUCUAGCCGAACAUGUUAUUGAGUUCAAUGUUGAGAUUUCUGAUGAGCUGAUGUUACUGACAUGUGACAGAUGCUGUAUGUUACAGUGUCAGAAGGUGUCCACAGAUGAUACCAAAGGUGAUUGUCAUUACACAUUUGGGAGAGCUUUGGAGGAAGGCUACUUUUCUGAUCUUGUCAUUACAGCUGAAUCGGGACAUCAGUUCCAGGUACACUCUCUGAUCCUGGGCCUGAGCUGCCCAGAAAUGGACUGGUGGCACACACCCCCACCCCUGACAGGCCUUCGCGAGGAUGUUCUGGGCACGGUGCUCCAUUAUCUCUACACGGAAUGCCUCCCCAAGGGCCUCUCUGAAGAAACUGUUAAAGUCUGCAUUAAAACUGUUAGCAGACUCCAAGGCAUGGACAACUUUGUAAAACUGUGUAACACUUUCCUGAAAAAUACUGCUCUUCGGCAACAAAUUGUGAAUUUGAUUGGAGACAUGCACACAUCAGCUGAUCGUAUCAUUGAGAUGUUUAAAUGUAAGAAGAACCCCAUCACACCUGGCACCAUCCCUGAGGAUGCACUCGCUGCCAACCCUCCCAGACUAUGCUACGUGAUGAAGCAGGCAGCGAGGGAAGCUGCUAUAGCAAGUUCCAAGUUUGUUUUACUCUGUGACCUGUUCGCCAGGAGAAGUGGAGAGCUUCCUCAGGAAGAAAGGCAUGAGAUAAUUCGCUAUGCUAGGUCCAGAUUACCUAUUUUUGUCAAACAGCUGAAAGAAUUCUUUGAAUCAUUCAAAUAUCAAAUGUCAUUUGUUGGACCAAAUGAAAAACAAGAAAUUUCCACAUAUAUUUUACCGGAGGUAGAAACGUUAUGCACCAUGCUUACCAAGUUUACUGAAGAAUUCAAAGCAGCUUUAGACAAAGCUAUUACUAAAAAUAUUUCUGAGAAAGAGAAGGGCGAGGAAAAAGGAGAGAAACACAAGCACGUCAAAGAUGUGUUAGGUAAAACACUGAGACAUGUUUUACAUGUGAGGGAGUUAAAGAAGUUAAAACAUAUGCAUGAUACUGCAUCCAAAAAGUUUGAAACAGCAUUCGAAAAACUUGGCAGAUUCAAUAGGAAACCAAAUGCUGAGAAGAUCAUUCGUGUGAGCCUUAUUAUAGAUGAACUGAAGGAUAGAGAGGCUCCCAUGCUGGUAGGACGGGUGGAACAACUGGCACUUGUCCUAGAGGAGAAGUUCAAAUGGCGACAGUGGAAGUACCUAUUUAAACUUGGCUCGUCUAAAGUAGCCUGGGCGGUAAACAAACUGUGCUGUUACAAGGCCACCCUGGCCUCCUCCAUACAACAGAUGGUGGAGAUGGUUCACAAGGAUGAGUUCACAGCCUCUCUCACUGCCCUCAGUCUCUACACUGCAGACAAAUCACAGGAUGGUGAGACCCCAAGUCAACAGGACAGGACAAAUGCCACAUAUGCCCAUUUAAGUUCAGUUGAAUCCCUUUGUGUUCCACCACUGGCCAGAAACAGUAAACUGGCCAAGCACUCAAUAGAUUUGCUGAAGAAAGGCCAGAAGACAGAUAUGAUGUUUGAGAUCAUUAUUGUUCAUGAUGUUGGAGACACAGUAAUAGACCACACACAUGGUGAGCCUAUAGCUCGUGCUGAAUCUGACAGAGAUGUGGAUAUCUAUGAGAUUCCUGCUCACCGUGUGAUUCUCGCCUCCAGAUGUAACUGGUUCUGUAGGGCACUACUAAGUGGCAUGAGGGAGUCUAUAGACAAGAAGAUAACAGUGCAUGAUACUAAUCCUGAAGUGUUCAACUUGUUCCUGGAGUAUCUUUAUAGUGGUCAGGUAGGAGUGCACGGACACACCACAGAGCAGCUGUCCGACCUCCUCACCCUGGCAGACAGAUACGAGGUGGACAGCCUGAAAUUAUUCUGCGAACAUGCUUUACAAAGACACAUAGAUAAUGACACUGCUGUUUACCUCUUCAGUCUAGCCGAUCAGCUCCAGACGAAGUCAUUAAAAGAGAGGGCAUUGUCCUACAUGGUGGACAACCCCACACUUGCUGAGGGCGAGGUGUACUUGGAGCUUCCUCAGCAUCUAAAGGAUGAGGUACACAGUGCCAUUCUCAGUGGCAGUUCGUCCAAGACAAGGUUACCACGGAUACAACAUUCUGAUCAGGCUGUGGUGGAAAUGAUUAACGAGAUUGACCUCAACUCGGGGGAUGAUACUUCCUCCUCAAGCUCUGGAGACUUCCAGUAUGAAGAGUUAGAUCAGGAUCCAGGGCGAAUGGACCGGUUUGUUGCUGAGCUGAGAGAAGUGGUGGGAGAUGAACCAUCAGAUGAAGACCUAGCAUCAUUAUUGUUGUCAGCAGACUUUGAUCUUAACAGAGCUAUCAACUUCUUUUAUACCAGCUGAUAGUGUACAUUUUAAUUAAGAUAAAGCUGCAGACAAGUGUAAACUUAGAGCUGAUGUUAUGUUUGAGGGGCCAAUACACCAAACCUGAUAACACCUGUCACCACACCUGAUAAUAUAUGUCACCACACCUGGUAACACCAAUAUACCACACCUGAUAACACCUGUCACUACACCCGCUAACACCAAUAUACCACACCUGGUAAAACCCAACACUAUACCUGAUAACACCUGUCACCACACCUGGAAACACCAGUACACCACACCUGAUAACACCAGUAUACCACAUCUGAUAACUCUAGUUCACCACACCUGUACCCACACCUGAUAACUCCUGUACACCACAUCCGUCAACACCUGUACACCACAUCUGUCAACUUCUGUACACCACAUCUGUCAACACCUGUACACCACAUCCAUUAACACCUGUACACCACAUCCAUUCACACCUGUACACCACAUCUGUCAACACCUAUACACCACAUCUGUCAACACCUGUACACCACAUCUGUCAACACCUGUACACCACAUCUGUCAACACCUGUACACCACAUCUGUCAACACCUGUACACCACAUCCAUUCACACCUGUACACCACAUCUGUCAACACCUGUACACCACAUCUGUCAACACCUGUACACCACAUCCGUCAACACCUGUACACCACAUCCGUCAACACCUGUACACCACAUCCAUUCACACCUGUACACCACAUCCAUUCACACCUGUACACCACAUCCAUUCACACCUGUACACCACAUCUGUCAACACCUGUACACCACAUCUGUCAACACCUGUACACCACAUCUGUCAACACCUGUACACCACAUCCGUCAACACCUGUACACCACAUCCGUCAACACCUGUACACCACAUCCAUUCACACCUGUACACCACAUCCAUUCACACCUGUACACCACAUCCAUUCACACCUGUACACCACAUCUGUCAACACCUGUACACCACAUCUGUCAACACCUGUACACCACAUCCAUUCACACCUGUACACCACAUCUGUCAACACCUGUACACCACAUCCGUCAACACUUGUGCACCACAUCCAUUAACACCUGUACCUACACCAGAUAACACCCGUACCUACACCAGAUAACACCUGUACCUACACCAGAUAACACCCGUACCUACACCAGAUAACACCCGUACACCACAUCCAUUAACACCUGUACCUACACCAGAUAACACCUGUACCUACACCAGAUAACACCCGUACACCACACCUGAUAAUGCAUGUACACUCCACCUGUCAUUACCAGUAAAUUACUAAUGAUAACAAAUAUAUACUGCGUUUUUCUUAUAUUUCAUAUGUAAUAAUACUGGGCCGGCCAAUACUUGGUACAUGAGUUUAUUCCACUGAAUCAGCUACAGAGAAGAAAAAAUGAGGCAUUAUUAAUUGAUAAACAUGGGUGUUCUUUUUAUGUACAUACUUAUCUAUGUGUAUUUACAUUUGGCACAAUACUAAAUAGAUCUUGUUAUAUAGAACGGUGUUUAAAUGAUAACACAGUGAGUAGGUAUUGUUAAAUAGGUUGUGUUUUUUUGUAUCACAUAGCCACAACAUCUAUUGGUGGUAAAUAUACCAACCGUUGUCAUAUUUGUACUGUAGCUGUUACUGUUGCAUGGAGUGGUUGGUAGCAGCCAUUCAUAAAUACACCAAUACAUUGUACAAACAGGCUGACUCUGUUUUUAGCUCGCCAGGACAAAGUACAGCAUCAGAUGUAGACAAAUAGGUGUUGUCAGUACUAGUGAAAUACAGCUGAGACUCUGUGUGACAUAGGACCAUACUCUACUACUGAGGUGAGAUUCUCUAUGACAUAGGACCAUACUCUACUACUGAGGUGAGACGCUGUCUAUGACAUAGGACCAUACUCUACUACUGAGGUGAGACUCUGUGUGACAUAGGACCAUACUCUACUACUGAGGUGAGACUCUCUGUGACAUAGGACCAUACUCUACUACUGAGGUGAGAUUCUCUGUGACAUAGGACCAUACUCUACUACUGAGGUAAGACUGUCUGUGUGACAUAGGACCAUACUCUACUACUGAGGUGAGACUCUCUAUGACAUAAGACCAUACUCUACUACUGAGGUGAGACUCCAUGACAUAGGACCAUACUCUACUACUGAGGUGAGACUCUCUGUGACAUAGGACCAUACUCUACUACUGAGGUGGCACUCUCUGUGACAUAGGACCAUACUCUACCACUAUGUACCAAUACCUAGCUUGGAUUCUAAAAAAAUUUAUGCAAGAUCUAACACUUUUUCCAAUUGAAAUAUUUGCUUCAAGCGUUACCAUUAAUUUAGAUUAAAGUGAACUGCAGUUUAGAGGCCUUAGUUAUUUCAGUGCUCCCUUUUCUAUUUUAAUCACGGAGUGCUUGCAUAAUUGUUUCAUGGAAUACUUACAUGUCUAAUUAUUUUUCACGGAUUGCUAUUUUGUCUAGUUGUUUCACGGAGUGAUCUCUUGUCUAGUUGUUUCAUUGAGCACUCCCUUGUCUAUUUCAUACAGUGGAUUUGUCUACUUACUGAGUGCUAACUUAUUUAUUGACCGAUUGCUUUCUUGUAUGAUUGCCAAGUGUUAACUUGUGUAGUUACAGUGUACAAAUGUGUGUCUGGUUACCGAGUACUAACUUGUCUAGUUACAGAUUACUAACUUGUCUAGUUACCGAGUACUAACUUGUCUAGUUACCGAGUACUAACUUGUCUAGUUACCGAGUACUAACUUGUCUAGUUACCGAGUACUAACUUGUCUAGUUACAGAUUACUAACUUGUCUAGUUACCGAGUACUAACUUGUCUAGUUACUCAGUACUAACUUGUCUAGUUACCGAGUACUAACUUGUCUAGUUACCGAGUACUAACUUGUCUAGUUACCGAGUACUAACUUGUCUAGUUACCGAGUACUUAUCUAUUUAACUUUGCCUUGCGUAUCUGUGAUCCUCUGUAUCGUUUGUAAGUCGAAUAGAGAAUUUAAAUGUAUUUUACUUUUACACAAAUGUUCCACCUUUCUUGAAUAGAAAAAUUGUAGUCAUGCUCUCUACAAAGUCAUGUAUUGUGUUUUAAACACAGCAAGUCCAGUAAUAUUGUGAUAUUUUGCGAUAAUAAUCAAAGCCAUGUAUGAGAAUAGGGUGCCCGAUAAUAAUCAUACUCUCCGCAUGUUCACGUUUGUUUACACAUCGCUUCUGAAUUCAUCACUUAUUUCCCUUCAAAUUUUGUCAAAAUGCUAAACAUCAUAUUUCACUGAGUUCAAUUUUCAGUAGCUUCCCAGAAUUGUCAGAGUUAUGCCCUUCUUCUCUUUUUUAAGACAAACAAAUGAUCUACAUAUUGACAUCACCGCUUCUGCUUUGUAAUUUUGGAUGAUACUGAUAUAGUCAGUCAAACGACAGAAACUUUGCUUACUUAUGUCAAUGUUGUAGUUGAAAAUGUACUGAAUUAUACUUGUACAUUGAUGUUUCACUUGGAAACUGUUUCAUUAUUUCAUGUGAAAUAUAUAAAUGCUAUAUAAUGUGCAAUUCUAUAUACUUUAACUUCUGCUACAAUAAUCCAGUAUGAGUGUAUGUGGUAGUGUAUGUGGUAGUGUAUGUGGUAGUGUAUGUGGUAGUGUAUGUGGUAGUGUAUGUUUUAACAAGCGAGUGUUGCUAUCCAUUAUUGUUUCUACAAUAUAGAGGUUCUCUCCCCUAUACUUAUUCCUUAUACGAAUGUGAUAUUUUGUUAAAUUACAUUAUCUAUGUAGUGGGUGGGUGCUUAUAGCCAAUAACAUCUUAAUCAAUAUAGAUCACGGGUAUUAUCUAGAAAUGGCCCCAUUACCUUACAUUAUAAUUAGAUAUCUAUAUUUAGAUCUUGAAUUGAUGAUGUUCUGAGAUUGAUACCAUAAUGUAAGAUUUUUCAUCUUUACUCAUUAUAUAGACCGCCAAGUGUAAAUUUAGUAAUGUUACAAUAGAUAAAAUUGACACAAGGUAUACAUAUAUGGUAUAUUGCUUGUAUCAACACUACAUACAUGUAUGUUUUUACUUAGGUUGUAGUUACGGUACAAUGACUUACCUUGUGUUUAAUAUUUUAAUAUGGAGCAGGUUGUAUGGGAAAGAAAUCUUCAAUUUUGUAGAACUUUAUUAUAUGAUGUGCCCAUUUUAUUUUUAACAGAAUGUGAUAGGGAGCAUAGAUGUCCAUAUUCUUUAAUUUAUAUAUUUUAUUUAACUUAUGAAACAAAAACAAACAAAAACUGCUUGCUCAGCAUUGAAUAUAAAAACCAUCAUGAUGGUUCUAGUCUUGUUAUUGGCCAUUACAGUACCCUUCAAGGUAGUAUUUUAGCUAGUUGAAUAAGAUAAUUAAUUGUUGUAAGAGAUGUUGGAGUGAUUACAUUCCAGGACACUUGUGUUUUAUUUACCAUAUAUUGGCUUCUAUAGCAUUGAUAACAUAGAUACAUCCAAAUAUAUUGGAUUGUAAUCCGAUUGCCAGAAUCAAAUAUUUAAAAUGAAUAUAUCUUCAAGAUUAAGAUUUUUUUUGGUGAAAAUUCAGUGUUUAUAUGUUGUUAAACAAAGCUAUUGAUUAUUGGUCCAGACGUGUUUCAUACUUAUACAUGUAGGGGUAUUAUAUCCUGCAAUAGCUUUAUUAGUUUAAAAUGAUUUAGUGUUGUUUUCAUAUUGAUAAAAUUUGGUUAAAAGUUUGUAAGAAGAAGCAUUCCUUUGGUGCCAUAUGUUUUUUUUUAAAGUGAAAACUGUAUAAAUAUAUUCCAGUUUUCAUGGACAAAGGUGGUGGAACCGUUAUUCCAAAUAAAUUGUUGGCACAUUUUUAUUUCUCUUGUGAAAAUGACUCCUUGUUCAAAUGAAUCUCCAGUGAACUGUGGGCAAACAUACCAAUAAAUCUGUUACAUUCUU